AUGGACAAUGAAACAAUCCUUGCAUAUGUGGAAAAGAUUGCUAUCACUGAAACCAACAUUGCAACCGUAACAGCAGUGAUAACGGAUGAUUGGUCACAAUGGAAGUGGGAUGAUGCAAUUGUAAAAUUUUUUGAAAAUUCGACUAAUAGCAGCAUUAGUGGCAAUGAUGGUUUUAAUGUCACGCCAAUAACAACUUCCACAAAUUCAACACUUCAAAAUUUUUUCAAUACAAUAAACGAUUGGAAUAUUUUUGAAGAAAUCCCAUGGUUUAUAUGGAUUUUGAUCGGUGCCGGUACAUCAGUAAUUCUUGUUGUUUUAAUAACUAUUAUUAUUUAUCUGGCACUCAGUAAGAAUAGAAAAUCCAGGAGAAGCAAUGGAAGUGAUCGGGGAAACGCUGAUUCUUCUGAUAACAUAUCACAAUUUAUGUGGCCCAGGUGGAUGUUAUGUUGUCCGAAAUCAAUUUUCGACAGACAGGAGAAUCUCCGAAUGAUGCGUCAGAAUUCCGCAAGUAACUUAGAUCCAUAUCGAAGACCGCCACUACCUCCUCUCAACAAUAAAGAUAUCAGUGAAAUUUCAGACGACGAAUUUCGUAGUAACUUUUUGCUCUCUCGACAUAUGGAAUCGCUGAAUAUGAUAGAACCGCAUUUGAAUGCACUACCGGCAAAAGCAGAACAUAUGUUGAUUUUAUCUGAUGCUCAAGAUGGAAGUAGUAGUCAUUUAUUCACAAUCAAUAUGACGGGUAAUCGGGGAGUACCGGUAGUACAAAAUGAUCGAAGAGAGCCGCUUCCGGUAUUAUCACCUGAUUGUUUCAAUCACCUGUAA